AUGCCCGUCGUUCCCUCCCUCAAAGACUCAACAUUCGACACCGACAUCCGCAAUCGUCACCUCAUAUACGACUAUGCCGCACAGGACGCUCACGGCAACCCGGAAAAAUGGCGCUAUGAAUUCUGGUUCUAUAACGAGGACCGGGUCGUCUAUGCCAUCCACGGCGGGCCCAUGGCCGGUCGUAAGAAUUUCCAAGCAGCCACGUUCCAAUGCAUCCGACCCGGCGAGCUAUGGCAGUGCAACUGGCUGGAAGAGACGGGGACCAUCUGCUCGCUUGUAUAUGAUAUCCCCAGAAAGCGCAUCUCUUCCUUGAUGGGAUUCUCCAAAGGACACUGGGAGAAUGCCGAGGCUGCGCAUGGGGACAAGCGGAAUGCGGAGGACUUGGCGCGGUGGAGGGGUCUGGCGAAAAUUGGGAUUCAAACGGAUCGGAAGCUCAUGAGCGAGCAGGCGGAGAUUGUUGAGGAUUUCCGCGGACCUGGUGAUUUGGAGCCGAUUAACAUGGACUGGCCGACACUGUAG